AAAGGGGCGGGGCCAGAGGGCGGAAGUCGCGCGGUGCCAGCGGAGCCCGGACAUGGCGGGCGUGAAAGCUCUCGUGGCCCUUUCCUUCAGCGGAGCCAUCGGGCUGACGUUCCUCAUGCUGGGCUGCGCCCUGGAGUACUACGGUGUGUACUGGCCUCUGUUUGUGUUAAUAUUUUACUUCAUCUGCCCCAUUCCCCACUUCAUUGCCAAGAGGGUCAGUGAUGACAGUGAUGCAGCCAGCAGUGCCUGCAGGGAGCUGGCCUAUUUCUUCACCACAGGAAUUGUUGUCUCUGCCUUUGGAUUUCCUAUCAUCCUUGCUCGGGUGGAAGCAAUCAAAUGGGGAGCCUGUGGCCUGGUGCUGGCUGGCAAUGCAGUCAUUUUCCUUACUAUUUUAGGCUUUUUCCUUGUGUUUGGCAGAGGAGAUGACUUUAGCUGGGAGCAGUGGUAGGAGCUCGCUGUGGUGCUGGUAAUGCUGAAUAUUUUACAGCCUUUCUGCCCUGCUCUGUGUGUAUGUACAGAUAUUGUAACGUGUGUGGUGCACAUCCACGUGGCUUUACAUUAUCACUUCAUAACUUGCUUUUAAAAUGCACUUCAGCCAAAGGGACAGUGCUGACAGUUGGUUUAAAGUAGUCACUCAAAUCUGGGAUUAUUAUGAAUUUAUCCUUGACGUUUACAAAAUAUAAGCAGUUUUACCUAUUUUUUCCCCACUCUAUUUGCAUUAAUUUUUGGUUUAAUUUUUGUGUCGUUGAUCCAUUGGUCACUAUUCCUGUUGGGUUUUUAACCAUAUAAUCAAAGUAGAACAAUAUAAAGAUUAUCCUAAUUGGUAUUGUUAAACUUGAUCAAUCUUUCUGCUUUAAUUGAGUUAGCAUUUUCUUUACAUCUCAUUAAUUGUAAUUUGAGGGGUUUUCCUUAAUGACAUAAAGCCAAACAUAAGUUCUGUGAACUCUUACUCCCUAAUGAAAGCAAAAGAAAAUAACCCUGGUUAAAAAUCCUUCUACUUAUGUUUAUUUAAAGAUAAUUUUCUCCCCACAAAGAUAACUCCCUGUGCCUAUUCAGUGUAAAAAUUGUGGAUUUAUUUGGGGAAUAAUAUAUUUUAAUGCAUCUUAAAGCUGACAUGACUUCUAUGAAGGUUCACAAAAGGAGGAACUACCCUCAGGACACUUAAAAUCACAAUUUAGUGUUCAACUCUAUUUUUAUGUGUGUAAAAUGCCUGAAUUGCUAAGAAUUGAGUGUUCUGCUGGGUAGGAUUUCUUAUCUCCUCCUUGCUUUUAAAACACACUUAUUCAACUCCUAUUUUUUUGUCUGUAAGAAGGUUGUUAUUACAUUAAAACACUAUAUUUUUAAAUAGCAUUAUCCUAGUAAACAUUCAUAUAAUCACACUAAGAAAAAUAAGUUUUAUUACUUUAGUUUUGUAAGAAUAGAGUGAAGCUUCAGUAAUUAAUUACAUGAACACUCUGAAACAGGGACAGAAAUCAUUCUGUGGUCCCCAGUCAUGGAAUAUGGUUCAAGCAGGAAUGGAAAAUUGAGUUUCAGGAAGGUUAAUUCCAUGUUUUCAGUGGAAGUUUCAGCUGUGUGAGAGGGAGCAGCUGAGUAGCUGUAUUUUAUAGUGCAGGGUGUCCAGGCUGUCUCCUGCUAAAAGAGGAAUUAACAUUAAAGGACACUUUUUUCUGGAUGUUAAUGCUCCGUCCAAGACAUAGCAGGAUAAACUUGUAAAGAUCCUGGGAAUAACAAGUUACCUUGGUGUCUUCUUCCUAUUUUUGAUGCAAUCUGUUGGAUCCUACUCCUAGGGAAAUUAUUUGUUUUAAUGAUAAACCAAAUCUUUCAGAUUAAACAUGACUUCCAUGUUUAAAUCCUGCUUUGGUUUUAAAGAAGUUGCCUUUUUUCCCUAUACAGUGGCAUUUUUCACUGGAUUAAUGAAGUAAAGCAGUGAAAUAAAACCCAGUCAGUGCCUGAUGAUAAAUUCCUAAUGCCAUUGCUAACAAUUCUAUUAAACUCCUGUUGGAUCAGGAUUGGAUUCUGGGAUGGUUUUACUCCAUUUAUGUACCAAAGGCUGCAAUAGAAAUCUACAAAACUACUCAAUUAGUGGUGGAGUUUUGGGGAGGAAAACUGAGAUUUAAUUUUUCCUUAAAGUGAAUCCUGAUUUGUGGGCUCUGUGGCAGUGUGUGAGUUCUCAGUGGGACAGGGACAGUGAACAAGGACAAUCUAAAAUGACCAGGAGGACCAGAAAGUGCUGUUUUAAAUUGCUCUUUGCCAAAUUCUUCCAUUGUACUGUAUCCUGUUUGGGCUGUGGUUGGUGGGUACCUCAUGGGUGUUGAGUGGAGAAGAUCAAUGCUUUUUUUAUUAUUAUUAUUAUUAUUAUUUUUCUUUGGAAGCAGCUACGUGCACUAAUCCCCAAUGUGAACUUCAUGCAGUUUUCACAUGGACUUUACAUUUAAUGUUUAAAAUUGUGUUGAACAGUGUUGAAAUCAUGGAGAUCUCCCUUGACCUCUGUAAAAGUAAAUUUGCUUUGUUAUCAAAUAUGGUAAAAAAUAAUAUUUCUGUGGGGUUUUUGUCCAGAGCUUCGCUCCCACUAAGCUCUGAUGGUCUGUACUGGGAAUUCUGUCCUAUCCCUCCAGUAGCAGUUUACUGUGGUUUCUCUGAAAUGGUUGUCCUAUGUGGAAGUGAAUACUGUGUAUCCAAAGUGCCUUAAUUUCCACACAACGCUGAUUUUUGUGGAUGCACCUCCAUGGCAAUAUCACUGUGUGUUCCAUAAUCAGCUGGAAAUCUGUGGCUGCAUUUUCCAAAGCUUCCUUGUCAACUAAUCCUGUUUCCUGUAGUUGGGAAUGCAGGGCAGCUUUUGUACCUUUUGUAAACACUGUUUUUAUCUUCUGUGAUUGCCGUAUCCUUGAGAUCAUGAAGUAUUAAAACAUGGACAUUCAAAUAUAUUCUACUUUUCUUUCCAAGUUGCCUACUAAAACUGACUUCUGGAAUUGUCUAAUAAACAUAUCUGAUGCUUAA